GCCUGUCUGAUGGGGAGAUGGCCGAUGCCCAGAACAUCUCGCUGGACAGUACAGGAAGUGUGGGGGCCGUGGCAGUGCCAGUGGUCUUUGCCUUCAUCUUCCUGCUGGGCACAGUGGGCAAUGGGCUGGUGCUGGCUGUGCUGCUGCAGCCUGGCCCAGGUGCCUGGCAGGAGCCCAGCAGCACCACGGACCUGUUCAUCCUCAACCUGGCCGUGGCCGACCUGUGUUUCAUCCUGUGCUGUGUGCCCUUUCAGGCUGCCAUCUACACGCUGGAUGCCUGGCUUUUUGGGGCUUUGGUCUGCAAGGCCGUUCACCUCCUCAUCUACCUCACCAUGUAUGCCAGCAGCUUCACCCUGGCCGCUGUCUCCGUGGACAGGUACCUGGCCGUGCGGCACCCGCUGCGCUCAAGGGCCCUGCGCACCCCUCGCAAUGCGCGCGCCGCUGUGGGCCUGGUCUGGCUGUUGGCGGCGCUCUUCUCGGCGCCCUACCUUAGCUACUACGGCACCGUGCGCUAUGGCGCACUUGAGCUCUGCGUGCCCGCCUGGGAGGACGCGCGCCGGCGCGCGCUCGACGUGGUCACCUUCGCCGCCGGCUACCUGCUGCCGGUGGCUGUGGUGAGCCUGGCCUACGGCCGCACGCUGUGCUUCCUGUGGGCAGCCGUGGGGCCGGCGGGCGCGGCGGCGGAGGCUAGGCGGAGGGCCACGGGCCGCGCGGGCCGCGCCAUGCUGGCGGUGGCGGCGGUGUACGCGCUCUGCUGGGGCCCGCACCACGCGCUCAUCCUCUGCUUCUGGUUCGGCCGCUUCGCCUUCAGCCCGGCCACCUAUGCCUGCCGCCUGGCCUCGCACUGCCUCGCCUACGCCAACUCCUGCCUCAACCCCCUCGUCUACGCGCUCGCCUCGCGCCACUUCCGCGCGCGCUUCCGCCGCCUGUGGCCCUGCGGCCGCCGUCGCCGCGCGCGCUGCCCCCAGGGCGCCCGCCGAGCUCUCCGCCGGGUCCGCCCGGCCUCCUCGGACCCCGCCGGCUGCUCCGGAGACGCUCGGCCUCGCGGGAGGCUGCCGGCGGCCUGGGGCCCCGAGAAGGAGGCUGCGCGCCCUGGACAGGGAGAACCGGCCCUGUUUCUCCCGGGACACCAAUAA